GUAAAGAUGGAGUCCAUCAGUCAGACCACUACCAUAAGACAAAAUGGUUGGAAAGUCCAUACACCUUUGGCAGGUAUAGUCCUGGAGAAGUCAGGGGAGAAGAUCACCAUUUAUCAGGCCAUGAAAAAACGUUUGCUAAAACCGGGAAUGGCAUUAGCUCUGCUUGAAGCACAAGCUGCCACGGUGGGCAUCAUAGAUCCGAUAGGCAACCGUAUAAUGCCUGUUGCAGAUGCUGUUAAAGAGGGAGUAGUUGGUCCAGAAAUGAGGGAGAAACUCCUUACUGCAGAAAAAGCUAUUAGUGGGUAUGUAGACCCCUACACCAGUCAAAUUAUAUCUGUUUACCAGGCUAUGCAAAAAGAUGUAGUCCCCAGAGAUUAUGGUUUGAGGCUACUGGAAGCACAGAUAGCCACCAAGGGUAUCUUUGACCCUGUGGAGAAGACAAGCAUCUCAAUUGAUACUGCGAUCCAAAAGGGCCUUUAUGAAAAGACUUUGCUCAGUGACCAGAUGUCAGAGCUGAAAGUGUUUUACAACCCAAGCACACAAGAAAAUCUUAACUACCAAAACCUUCUGGAAACAUGCACUGUGGAGCCAGACACUGGCCUGUUGCUUCUUCCUGUCUGCAUUGCUUUCAAAGGUCUGCGCAAAGGCAUUUCCUCCAGUGAACUAUUUCAGUCAAAGAUUAUUGACAAAGAAACCUAUGAAGACUUGCAAAAGGGAAAGACCACAACGCAGGAUGUGAUGUUGAUGGAAACAGUGAAAGAAUACCUGGAAGGCAAAGGCAGUAUAGCAGGCAUUGCUGAUCUCUCAACCAAUCAGAGAAUGAGCAUUUAUCAAGCCAUGAAGCAAGGGAUACUGAUGCCGGGUACGGCUCUCAUUCUCCUGGAAGCACAAGCAGCAACUGGGUUUAUAAUUGAUCCUGUAGAAAACAAAAAGUACACAGUGGAUGAAGCUAUUAAGCACAAACUUGUUGGCCCAGAAUUUCAUUUAAAGCUGCUUUCUGCUGAGCGAGCAGUGACCGGAUACAAAGAUCCAUAUUCAGGAGGGACUAUAUCCCUAUUUCAAGCAAUGUCGAAAGACCUUAUCGUCAAGGAACAUGGGAUCCGCCUACUGGAGGCACAAAUUGCCACAGGUGGAAUAAUUGAUCCGAUCAACAGCCACAGGCUUCCCACACAAGUGGCCUUCAAGAGAGGCUAUUUUGAUGCAGAAAUGAAAAAGAUACUGGAAGAUGAAGGAGAUGAUACAAAAGGCUUUUUUGACCCAAACACAGAAGAGAAUCUAACGUACCUUCAGCUGAUUGAAAGGUGUGUCACCGAUCCUCGAACAGAAUUGUGCCUUCUUCCUGUACAUGAUAAAUCAGGCAAAUUGAAUUCUAUCUUCAUUGACUACAAAACAAAAACAGUCUUCAAAGCCGAGAAGGUCAAAGUAAAAUUUGGGAAGUACAUGGGAAUGACAGUGUCUUUGUGGGAACUACUGAUGUCAGAAUACUUCAAUGAACACCAGAGGGAAGAUAUGUUUCAGAAAUACAGGGAAGGUAAGUUAAAUAUCGAUACAAUCAUUAAGAUGGUUCUGGAAACCAUAGAAACAUCUGUAAAAACAACAAAAAUGGUCUUUGAGGGCAUUAGGGAAACUGUCACAGCCAAGCAGCUUGUUGAAGCAGAUAUCAUCAGUGAGGACAUGCUGGAGGAUCUGGAAAAGGGAAAAAAGUCAGUAAAGGAGAUAAUAGAGGAUGAAAAUGUAAAUGUUUAUUUACAGGGAAAAGACAGCAUUGCAGGUAUUUUGCUUCCAGAUUCCCAAAUCAUGACUAUCUACCAAGCAAGACAAAAAGCAAAGCUGAUGCCGGGAACUGCUCUGAUUCUACUGGAGGCACAAGCAGCAACUGGGUUCAUUAUUGACCCUAUUGGAAACAGGAAGUUUUCAGUGGAUGAUGCUGUCAAAGCUAAAAUUGUGGGACCUGAUGUCUGUCAGAAGCUGCGCUCAGCAGAGAGGGCAGUCACUGGGUAUAAAGAUCCACAUGAUGGAAAAAUAAUCUCUUUGUUCCAAGCAAUGCAAAAGGACCUGAUCCUAAAAGACCAUGGAAUUCGGCUUCUGGAGGCACAGAUUGCCACCGGUGGUAUCAUUGACCCAGUGAACAGCCACCGCAUCCCUGUGCAUGUAGCCUACAAGAGGGGAUACUUCAAUGAGGAGAUGAAUCAGAUUCUGAGUGAUCAAAGUGAUGACACCAAGGGUUUCUUUGACCCCAAUACCCAUGAGAACCUGACAUACCUGCAGCUGAUGGCCAGGUGUGUCAAAGAUCCCAGUACAGGCCUGCGCCUCUUACCUCUGAAAAGCAAGGGCAGCCAAAUCAAUAUUGAUGACAACAUGAGGGAACUUUUCCAAAGGACAACAAUUAAUGUCAAGUACGGCAGAUUCAAGGGCAGCACAACUCUGUGGGAAGCAAUUAAUUCAGAAUAUCUUUCUGAGGACAGACGACAGGAGUAUUUCAAAAAUUUCAGAUAUAGGAAAAUCACCAUAGAGCAACUGACAGUGAUCAUUUUAGAGAUCAUUGAGAGUAAGGAGAUAAAGCAGCAACCAGAGCUAAACUUUAAAGGUCUCAGAGGAGAGGUCUCUGUUGUGGAUCUUUUGGAUCUUAAAAUUGUGGAUGAUAAAACAUACAACAAUUUAAUUGCUGGAAAGGUGUCAAGUACUGAUGUAAUGAAGAUGGAAGGUGUAAGAGCCUACCUGGAAGGGACAAGCUGUGUUGCUGGACUGAUACUGCAACCCUCCAAUCAGAAACUAAGCAUCUAUGAGGCACAGAAAACAGGCAUCCUCACUCCAGGCACUGCCCUUUGUCUCCUUGAAGCACAGGCUGCUACAGGAUUCAUUGUUGAUCCUCUAAAAAACCAAAAACUUACAGUGGAAGAAGCACUAAGAGAAAAAGUAAUUGGUCCACAAAUGUACGAAAAGCUUUUGUCUGCAGAGAGGGCUGUCACCGGUUACAAAGACCCAUACACAGGUCAAAAGAUCUCACUAUUCCAAGCCUUGAAAAAUGAUCUUAUUGUCAAGCAGCAUGGUAUUCGUUUACUUGAGGCCCAAAUUGCCACUGGUGGCAUCAUUGACCCAUUAAAGUGCCUUCAUUUACCUCUAGAGGUUGCAUACAGGAAAGGUUACUUUGAUGCAGAACUCAAUCAAAUCUUAACUGACCCCACUGAUGACACAAAGGGCUUUUUUGACCCAAAGACUCAAGAAAACCUGACAUACAUGGAAAUGUUGAGCAGAUGUGUGAAAGAUAAAGAAACUGGACUCCUUCUCCUGCCACUCAAUGACACACCAAAGACAACAACAAAAACAGACAAAACAUACAGUGAAGCAGAAAUAAGGCAAGAGCUUGAAACAACAUUUGUAAGCGUAAGUGUUGGACGGUUUUCAGGAAAAUCGGUUUCUCUCUGGGACUUGAUUCACUCUUGUUACUUUACUGAAGAUCAGCAACUGGAAUUCAUUGAAAAAGUGAAAUUAAGGCAGAUCAGCAUCCAAAUAAUAAUCACGUUAGUACUUUCCAGAAUUGAGAAACUGGAGAGUGAAACCCCUAAAGUGACAAUGGGAAUAAGAAAGGAAGUCUCUGCACAACAACUACUAGAUUCUGAUAUUAUUGACACAGCCACGUUCACACAGGUUCAGGUGGGAAAGCUCAACUUUGAUGAAGUAAGCCAAAAAGAAUCUGUAAAAACGUACCUUAGGGGAACUGAAGGCAUCGCUGGAAUCAAAAUGUAUCCAACCCAGAAUGUAAUGAGCAUUUAUGAAGCAAAACAGAAGGACCUUUUGACUCCUGGCAUUGCCCUUGUACUGCUUAAAGCACAAUCUGCAACAGGAUGGCUGAUUGAUCCUGUAAACCAUAAGUUCUGUUCAGUUGAUGAUGCUGCUAAAGAAAAGGUUAUUGGACCAGAUGUCCAUGAGCAACUACUUUCAGCUGAGCGUGCCGUCACUGGCUUUAAAGAUCCUUACACAGAUGUAACUAUAUCCCUAUUUGAAGCCAUGAAAGAAAGACUGAUUGAAAGAAGUGAAGGCCUCUGUCUUCUUGAUGCACAGAUAGCAACUGGAGGAAUUAUUGACCCAAAUCAAAGCCACAGGCUACCUCCUCAUGUUGCUAUCAAAAAAGGAUACAUUGAUGAAGAAACUCACAAAAUUCUGCUAAACCCAACAGAUGAUACAAAGGGUUUCUACGACCCAAAUACCAAUGAAAAUGUAUCCUACCUUCAGCUGAUGAAUCGAUGUGAAAGAGAUUCCAAAACUGGGCUACUUCUCCUGUCUCUGCAUAAAGAAGAGUCCAAGGUGUUUCACACCGAUGAGCAGGUGGAGCUAGCCUUCAAAAACAAAAUAAUUUCCCUGGAUGUGGGAAAAUUUAAGAACAAACAAGUAACAGCGUGGGAGUUGUUGCUUUCUGAAUACAUCUCAAAAGAAAAAAGGGACCAGCUAAUAAAACAGCACAAAACAGGAGCUUUGAAAUUGGACGAAAUCACUGAAAUCCUCACAGUUAUCAUCACAGAACUGUCAUCUAAAGAAAGAAAGUUCAAAGGGCUAAGAAAGCAGGUCUCGGCAAGUGAGCUGUUUGAAUCAAAGAUUAUCUCGAAAGAGCUUUUUGGCCAAAUUAUACAGGGCACAGUAAGCGAGGAAAAUGUGACAAAAAUGGAGUCCAUUCAGAAGUAUCUAGGAGCUACAAACUGUAUAGCGGGUGUCAGAGUUGAAUCUACAAAGAUGGUUAUGAGCAUUUACGAAGCUAAAAGCCGAGGUCUGCUGACUCCUGGUACCUCUCUGGUUCUGUUGGAAGCCCAAGCUGCCACUGGGUUUGUCAUUGACCCAGUAAACAACAAGAAACUUUCUGUAGACGAAGCUGUAGCUCAAGGAGUGGUUGGCAAAGAGUGGAAGGAAAAACUCCUUUCAGCAGAAAGAGCAGUUACAGGAUACAAAGAUCCCUACACUGGAAACACAAUUUCGUUGUUCCAGGCCUUGAAGAAAGAUCUAAUUGUAAAGGAUCACGGAAUCCGUCUCCUUGAAGCACAAAUUGCAACAGGAGGAAUCAUUGAUCCGGUUCACAGUCACAGAGUGCCGGUACAAGUGGCAUACCAAAGAGGUUAUUUUGAUGAAGAAAUGAACCAGAUUUUAUCUGAUCCAGAUGAUGACACCAAGGGUUUCUUUGACCCCAACACCAAGGAGAACCUUACCUACCUGCAGCUGAUUGAAAGGUGCAUUACCGAUCCUGUCACAGGUCUCAGUCUAUUGGUCAUUGUGAAGAAGGGAGAGUUCUACUUCUUUGUCGAUGAGGCCACAAAGCUUAUUCUGAAGUCUACAACAACAACCAAAGCUGGAGGGAAAUACAAAGGGACCACAGUUUCUCUGUGGGAUUUGCUAUACUCCAAAUUCAUCACCGAACAAAAGAGGAGAGACCUUGUGCAACAGUUCAAAGCUGGAACACUCACCAUCGAACAUUUCAUGGAAAUUAUCUUGACCAUCAUUCAGCAGCAAACCACAACAUCGUCAACAACAACAAAAACUGUCAGCACAACUAUCACAGAGACCACUGAAGACAAAAUGUUCAAGGGAAUCAGAAAAGAUGUUACUGUAUCAGAGCUAGUUAAAUCAAAAAUCAUUGAUGAGAAACUCUGCAAGGAUAUUAGUGCUGGAAAGGUCACAGUGGCUGAAGUCAGUGAAAUGGACUCGGUGCGUAAGUACCUUGAAGGAACCAACAGCAUUGCAGGAGUGUACAUCCAGUCCACCAAGGAGACGCUGAGCAUCCAUCAAGCCAAAAGCCGAGGUCUACUGACUCCUGGCACAUCUCUGGUUCUGCUGGAAGCCCAAGCUGCCACUGGAUUUGUCAUUGACCCAGUAAACAACAAGAAACUUUCUGUAGACGAAGCUGUAGCUCAAGGAGUGGUUGGCAAAGAGUGGAAGGAAAAACUCCUUUCAGCAGAAAGAGCAGUUACAGGAUACAAAGAUCCCUACACUGGAAACACAAUUUCGUUGUUCCAGGCCUUGAAGAAAGAUCUAAUUGUAAAGGAUCACGGAAUCCGUCUCCUUGAAGCACAAAUUGCAACAGGAGGAAUCAUUGAUCCGGUUCACAGUCACAGAGUGCCGGUACAAGUGGCAUACCAAAGAGGUUAUUUUGAUGAAGAAAUGAACCAGAUUUUAUCUGAUCCAGAUGAUGACACCAAGGGUUUCUUUGACCCCAACACCAAGGAGAACCUUACCUACCUGCAGCUGAUUGAAAGGUGCAUUACCGAUCCUGUCACAGGUCUCAGUCUAUUGGUCAUUGUGAAGAAGGGAGAGUUCUACUUCUUUGUCGAUGAGGCCACAAAGCUUAUUCUGAAGUCUACAACAACAACCAAAGCUGGAGGGAAAUACAAAGGGACCACAGUUUCUCUGUGGGAUUUGCUAUACUCCAAAUUCAUCACCGAACAAAAGAGGAGAGACCUUGUGCAACAGUUCAAAGCUGGAACACUCACCAUCGAACAUUUCAUGGAAAUUAUCUUGACCAUCAUUCAGCAGCAAACCACAACAUCGUCAACAACAACAAAAACUGUCAGCACAACUAUCACAGAGACCACUGAAGACAAAAUGUUCAAGGGAAUCAGAAAAGAUGUUACUGUAUCAGAGCUAGUUAAAUCAAAAAUCAUUGAUGAGAAACUCUGCAAGGAUAUUAGUGCUGGAAAGGUCACAGUGGCUGAAGUCAGUGAAAUGGACUCGGUGCGUAAGUACCUUGAAGGAACCAACAGCAUUGCAGGAGUGUACAUCCAGUCCACCAAGGAGACGCUGAGCAUCCAUCAAGCCAAAAGCCGAGGUCUACUGACUCCUGGCACAUCUCUGGUUCUGCUGGAAGCCCAAGCUGCCACUGGGUUUGUCAUUGACCCAGUAAACAACAAGAAACUUUCUGUAGACGAAGCUGUAGCUCAAGGAGUGGUUGGCAAAGAGUGGAAGGAAAAACUCCUUUCAGCAGAAAGAGCAGUUACAGGAUACAAAGAUCCCUACACUGGAAACACAAUUUCGUUGUUCCAGGCCUUGAAGAAAGAUCUAAUUGUAAAGGAUCACGGAAUCCGUCUCCUUGAAGCACAAAUUGCAACAGGAGGAAUCAUUGAUCCGGUUCACAGUCACAGAGUGCCGGUACAAGUGGCAUACCAAAGAGGUUAUUUUGAUGAAGAAAUGAACCAGAUUUUAUCUGAUCCAGAUGAUGACACCAAGGGUUUCUUUGACCCCAACACCAAGGAGAACCUUACCUACCUGCAGCUGAUUGAAAGGUGCAUUACCGAUCCUGUCACAGGUCUCAGUCUAUUGGUCAUUGUGAAGAAGGGAGAGUUCUACUUCUUUGUCGAUGAGGCCACAAAGCUUAUUCUGAAGUCUACAACAACAACCAAAGCUGGAGGGAAAUACAAAGGGACCACAGUUUCUCUGUGGGAUUUGCUAUACUCCAAAUUCAUCACCGAACAAAAGAGGAGAGACCUUGUGCAACAGUUCAAAGCUGGAACACUCACCAUCGAACAUUUCAUGGAAAUUAUCUUGACCAUCAUUCAGCAGCAAACCACAACAUCGUCAACAACAACAAAAACUGUCAGCACAACUAUCACAGAGACCACUGAAGACAAAAUGUUCAAGGGAAUCAGAAAAGAUGUUACUGUAUCAGAGCUAGUUAAAUCAAAAAUCAUUGAUGAGAAACUCUGCAAGGAUAUUAGUGCUGGAAAGGUCACAGUGGCUGAAGUCAGUGAAAUGGACUCGGUGCGUAAGUACCUUGAAGGAACCAACAGCAUUGCAGGAGUGUACAUCCAGUCCACCAAGGAGACGCUGAGCAUCCAUCAAGCCAAAAGCCGAGGUCUACUGACUCCUGGCACAUCUCUGGUUCUGCUGGAAGCCCAAGCUGCCACUGGGUUUGUCAUUGACCCAGUAAACAACAAGAAACUUUCUGUAGACGAAGCUGUAGCUCAAGGAGUGGUUGGCAAAGAGUGGAAGGAAAAACUCCUUUCAGCAGAAAGAGCAGUUACAGGAUACAAAGAUCCCUACACUGGAAACACAAUUUCGUUGUUCCAGGCCUUGAAGAAAGAUCUAAUUGUAAAGGAUCACGGAAUCCGUCUCCUUGAAGCACAAAUUGCAACAGGAGGAAUCAUUGAUCCGGUUCACAGUCACAGAGUGCCGGUACAAGUGGCAUACCAAAGAGGUUAUUUUGAUGAAGAAAUGAACCAGAUUUUAUCUGAUCCAGAUGAUGACACCAAGGGUUUCUUUGACCCCAACACCAAGGAGAACCUUACCUACCUGCAGCUGAUUGAAAGGUGCAUUACCGAUCCUGUCACAGGUCUCAGUCUAUUGGUCAUUGUGAAGAAGGGAGAGUUCUACUUCUUUGUCGAUGAGGCCACAAAGCUUAUUCUGAAGUCUACAAAAACAACCAAAGCUGGAGGGAAAUACAAAGGGACCACAGUUUCUCUGUGGGAUUUGCUAUACUCCAAAUUCAUCACCGAACAAAAGAGGAGAGACCUUGUGCAACAGUUCAAAGCUGGAACACUCACCAUCGAACAUUUCAUGGAAAUUAUCUUGACCAUCAUUCAGCAGCAAACCACAACAUCGUCAACAACAACAAAAACUGUCAGCACAACUAUCACAGAGACCACUGAAGACAAAAUGUUCAAGGGAAUCAGAAAAGAUGUUACUGUAUCAGAGCUAGUUAAAUCAAAAAUCAUUGAUGAGAAACUCUGCAAGGAUAUUAGUGCUGGAAAGGUCACAGUGGCUGAAGUCAGUGAAAUGGACUCGGUGCGUAAGUACCUUGAAGGAACCAACAGCAUUGCAGGAGUGUACAUCCAGUCCACCAAGGAGACGCUGAGCAUCCAUCAAGCCAAAAGCCGAGGUCUACUGACUCCUGGCACAUCUCUGGUUCUGCUGGAAGCCCAAGCUGCCACUGGGUUUGUCAUUGACCCAGUAAACAACAAGAAACUUUCUGUAGACGAAGCUGUAGCUCAAGGAGUGGUUGGCAAAGAGUGGAAGGAAAAACUCCUUUCAGCAGAAAGAGCAGUUACAGGAUACAAAGAUCCCUACACUGGAAACACAAUUUCGUUGUUCCAGGCCUUGAAGAAAGAUCUAAUUGUAAAGGAUCACGGAAUCCGUCUCCUUGAAGCACAAAUUGCAACAGGAGGAAUCAUUGAUCCGGUUCACAGUCACAGAGUGCCGGUACAAGUGGCAUACCAAAGAGGUUAUUUUGAUGAAGAAAUGAACCAGAUUUUAUCUGAUCCAGAUGAUGACACCAAGGGUUUCUUUGACCCCAACACCAAGGAGAACCUUACCUACCUGCAGCUGAUUGAAAGGUGCAUUACCGAUCCUGUCACAGGUCUCAGUCUAUUGGUCAUUGUGAAGAAGGGAGAGUUCUACUUCUUUGUCGAUGAGGCCACAAAGCUUAUUCUGAAGUCUACAACAACAACCAAAGCUGGAGGGAAAUACAAAGGGACCACAGUUUCUCUGUGGGAUUUGCUAUACUCCAAAUUCAUCACCGAACAAAAGAGGAGAGACCUUGUGCAACAGUUCAAAGCUGGAACACUCACCAUCGAACAUUUCAUGGAAAUUAUCUUGACCAUCAUUCAGCAGCAAACCACAACAUCGUCAACAACAACAAAAACUGUCAGCACAACUAUCACAGAGACCACUGAAGACAAAAUGUUCAAGGGAAUCAGAAAAGAUGUUACUGUAUCAGAGCUAGUUAAAUCAAAAAUCAUUGAUGAGAAACUCUGCAAGGAUAUUAGUGCUGGAAAGGUCACAGUGGCUGAAGUCAGUGAAAUGGACUCGGUGCGUAAGUACCUUGAAGGAACCAACAGCAUUGCAGGAGUGUACAUCCAGUCCACCAAGGAGACGCUGAGCAUCCAUCAAGCCAAAAGCCGAGGUCUACUGACUCCUGGCACAUCUCUGGUUCUGCUGGAAGCCCAAGCUGCCACUGGGUUUGUCAUUGACCCAGUAAACAACAAGAAACUUUCUGUAGACGAAGCUGUAGCUCAAGGAGUGGUUGGCAAAGAGUGGAAGGAAAAACUCCUUUCAGCAGAAAGAGCAGUUACAGGAUACAAAGAUCCCUACACUGGAAACACAAUUUCAUUGUUCCAGGCCUUGAAGAAAGAUCUAAUUGUAAAGGAUCACGGAAUCCGUCUCCUUGAAGCACAAAUUGCAACAGGAGGAAUCAUUGAUCCGGUUCACAGUCACAGAGUGCCGGUACAAGUGGCAUACCAAAGAGGUUUUGAUGAAGAAAUGAACCAGAUUUUAUCUGAUCCAGAUGAUGACACCAAGGGUUUCUUUGACCCCAACACCAAGGAGAACCUUACCUACCUGCAGCUGAUUGAAAGGUGCAUUACCGAUCCUGUCACAGGUCUCAGUCUAUUGGUCAUUGUGAAGAAGGGAGAGUUCUACUUCUUUGUCGAUGAGGCCACAAAGCUUAUUCUGAAGUCUACAAAAACAACCAAAGCUGGAGGGAAAUACAAAGGGACCACAGUUUCUCUGUGGGAUUUGCUAUACUCCAAAUUCAUCACCGAACAAAAGAGGAGAGACCUUGUGCAACAGUUCAAAGCUGGAACACUCACCAUCGAACAUUUCAUGGAAAUUAUCUUGACCAUCAUUCAGCAGCAAACCACAACAUCGUCAACAACAACAAAAACUGUCAGCACAACUAUCACAGAGACCACUGAAGACAAAAUGUUCAAGGGAAUCAGAAAAGAUGUUACUGUAUCAGAGCUAGUUAAAUCAAAAAUCAUUGAUGAGAAACUCUGCAAGGAUAUUAGUGCUGGAAAGGUCACAGUGGCUGAAGUCAGUGAAAUGGACUCGGUGCGUAAGUACCUUGAAGGAACCAACAGCAUUGCAGGAGUGUACAUCCAGUCCACCAAGGAGACGCUGAGCAUCCAUCAAGCCAAAAGCCGAGGUCUACUGACUCCUGGCACAUCUCUGGUUCUGCUGGAAGCCCAAGCUGCCACUGGGUUUGUCAUUGACCCAGUAAACAACAAGAAACUUUCUGUAGACGAAGCUGUAGCUCAAGGAGUGGUUGGCAAAGAGUGGAAGGAAAAACUCCUUUCAGCAGAAAGAGCAGUUACAGGAUACAAAGAUCCCUACACUGGAAACACAAUUUCGUUGUUCCAGGCCUUGAAGAAAGAUCUAAUUGUAAAGGAUCACGGAAUCCGUCUCCUUGAAGCACAAAUUGCAACAGGAGGAAUCAUUGAUCCGGUUCACAGUCACAGAGUGCCGGUACAAGUGGCAUACCAAAGAGGUUAUUUUGAUGAAGAAAUGAACCAGAUUUUAUCUGAUCCAGAUGAUGACACCAAGGGUUUCUUUGACCCCAACACCAAGGAGAACCUUACCUACCUGCAGCUGAUUGAAAGGUGCAUUACCGAUCCUGUCACAGGUCUCAGUCUAUUGGUCAUUGUGAAGAAGGGAGAGUUCUACUUCUUUGUCGAUGAGGCCACAAAGCUUAUUCUGAAGUCUACAACAACAACCAAAGCUGGAGGGAAAUACAAAGGGACCACAGUUUCUCUGUGGGAUUUGCUAUACUCCAAAUUCAUCACCGAACAAAAGAGGAGAGACCUUGUGCAACAGUUCAAAGCUGGAACACUCACCAUCGAACAUUUCAUGGAAAUUAUCUUGACCAUCAUUCAGCAGCAAACCACAACAUCGUCAACAACAACAAAAACUGUCAGCACAACUAUCACAGAGACCACUGAAGACAAAAUGUUCAAGGGAAUCAGAAAAGAUGUUACUGUAUCAGAGCUAGUUAAAUCAAAAAUCAUUGAUGAGAAACUCUGCAAGGAUAUUAGUGCUGGAAAGGUCACAGUGGCUGAAGUCAGUGAAAUGGACUCGGUGCGUAAGUACCUUGAAGGAACCAACAGCAUUGCAGGAGUGUACAUCCAGUCCACCAAGGAGACGCUGAGCAUCCAUCAAGCCAAAAGCCGAGGUCUACUGACUCCUGGCACAUCUCUGGUUCUGCUGGAAGCCCAAGCUGCCACUGGGUUUGUCAUUGACCCAGUAAACAACAAGAAACUUUCUGUAGACGAAGCUGUAGCUCAAGGAGUGGUUGGCAAAGAGUGGAAGGAAAAACUCCUUUCAGCAGAAAGAGCAGUUACAGGAUACAAAGAUCCCUACACUGGAAACACAAUUUCAUUGUUCCAGGCCUUGAAGAAAGAUCUAAUUGUAAAGGAUCACGGAAUCCGUCUCCUUGAAGCACAAAUUGCAACAGGAGGAAUCAUUGAUCCGGUUCACAGUCACAGAGUGCCGGUACAAGUGGCAUACCAAAGAGGUUAUUUUGAUGAAGAAAUGAACCAGAUUUUAUCUGAUCCAGAUGAUGACACCAAGGGUUUCUUUGACCCCAACACCAAGGAGAACCUUACCUACCUGCAGCUGAUUGAAAGGUGCAUUACCGAUCCUGUCACAGGUCUCAGUCUAUUGGUCAUUGUGAAGAAGGGAGAGUUCUACUUCUUUGUCGAUGAGGCCACAAAGCUUAUUCUGAAGUCUACAAAAACAACCAAAGCUGGAGGGAAAUACAAAGGGACCACAGUUUCUCUGUGGGAUUUGCUAUACUCCAAAUUCAUCACCGAACAAAAGAGGAGAGACCUUGUGCAACAGUUCAAAGCUGGAACACUCACCAUCGAACAUUUCAUGGAAAUUAUCUUGACCAUCAUUCAGCAGCAAACCACAACAUCGUCAACAACAACAAAAACUGUCAGCACAACUAUCACAGAGACCACUGAAGACAAAAUGUUCAAGGGAAUCAGAAAAGAUGUUACUGUAUCAGAGCUAGUUAAAUCAAAAAUCAUUGAUGAGAAACUCUGCAAGGAUAUUAGUGCUGGAAAGGUCACAGUGGCUGAAGUCAGUGAAAUGGACUCGGUGCGUAAGUACCUUGAAGGAACCAACAGCAUUGCAGGAGUGUACAUCCAGUCCACCAAGGAGACGCUGAGCAUCCAUCAAGCCAAAAGCCGAGGUCUACUGACUCCUGGCACAUCUCUGGUUCUGCUGGAAGCCCAAGCUGCCACUGGGUUUGUCAUUGACCCAGUAAACAACAAGAAACUUUCUGUAGACGAAGCUGUAGCUCAAGGAGUGGUUGGCAAAGAGUGGAAGGAAAAACUCCUUUCAGCAGAAAGAGCAGUUACAGGAUACAAAGAUCCCUACACUGGAAACACAAUUUCGUUGUUCCAGGCCUUGAAGAAAGAUCUAAUUGUAAAGGAUCACGGAAUCCGUCUCCUUGAAGCACAAAUUGCAACAGGAGGAAUCAUUGAUCCGGUUCACAGUCACAGAGUGCCGGUACAAGUGGCAUACCAAAGAGGUUAUUUUGAUGAAGAAAUGAACCAGAUUUUAUCUGAUCCAGAUGAUGACACCAAGGGUUUCUUUGACCCCAACACCAAGGAGAACCUUACCUACCUGCAGCUGAUUGAAAGGUGCAUUACCGAUCCUGUCACAGGUCUCAGUCUAUUGGUCAUUGUGAAGAAGGGAGAGUUCUACUUCUUUGUCGAUGAGGCCACAAAGCUUAUUCUGAAGUCUACAACAACAACCAAAGCUGGAGGGAAAUACAAAGGGACCACAGUUUCUCUGUGGGAUUUGCUAUACUCCAAAUUCAUCACCGAACAAAAGAGGAGAGACCUUGUGCAACAGUUCAAAGCUGGAACACUCACCAUCGAACAUUUCAUGGAAAUUAUCUUGACCAUCAUUCAGCAGCAAACCACAACAUCGUCAACAACAACAAAAACUGUCAGCACAACUAUCACAGAGACCACUGAAGACAAAAUGUUCAAGGGAAUCAGAAAAGAUGUUACUGUAUCAGAGCUAGUUAAAUCAAAAAUCAUUGAUGAGAAACUCUGCAAGGAUAUUAGUGCUGGAAAGGUCACAGUGGCUGAAGUCAGUGAAAUGGACUCGGUGCGUAAGUACCUUGAAGGAACCAACAGCAUUGCAGGAGUGUACAUCCAGUCCACCAAGGAGACGCUGAGCAUCCAUCAAGCCAAAAGCCGAGGUCUACUGACUCCUGGCACAUCUCUGGUUCUGCUGGAAGCCCAAGCUGCCACUGGGUUUGUCAUUGACCCAGUAAACAACAAGAAACUUUCUGUAGACGAAGCUGUAGCUCAAGGAGUGGUUGGCAAAGAGUGGAAGGAAAAACUCCUUUCAGCAGAAAGAGCAGUUACAGGAUACAAAGAUCCCUACACUGGAAACACAAUUUCGUUGUUCCAGGCCUUGAAGAAAGAUCUAAUUGUAAAGGAUCACGGAAUCCGUCUCCUUGAAGCACAAAUUGCAACAGGAGGAAUCAUUGAUCCGGUUCACAGUCACAGAGUGCCGGUACAAGUGGCAUACCAAAGAGGUUAUUUUGAUGAAGAAAUGAACCAGAUUUUAUCUGAUCCAGAUGAUGACACCAAGGGUUUCUUUGACCCCAACACCAAGGAGAACCUUACCUACCUGCAGCUGAUUGAAAGGUGCAUUACCGAUCCUGUCACAGGUCUCAGUCUAUUGGUCAUUGUGAAGAAGGGAGAGUUCUACUUCUUUGUCGAUGAGGCCACAAAGCUUAUUCUGAAGUCUACAACAACAACCAAAGCUGGAGGGAAAUACAAAGGGACCACAGUUUCUCUGUGGGAUUUGCUAUACUCCAAAUUCAUCACCGAACAAAAGAGGAGAGACCUUGUGCAACAGUUCAAAGCUGGAACACUCACCAUCGAACAUUUCAUGGAAAUUAUCUUGACCAUCAUUCAGCAGCAAACCACAACAUCGUCAACAACAACAAAAACUGUCAGCACAACUAUCACAGAGACCACUGAAGACAAAAUGUUCAAGGGAAUCAGAAAAGAUGUUACUGUAUCAGAGCUAGUUAAAUCAAAAAUCAUUGAUGAGAAACUCUGCAAGGAUAUUAGUGCUGGAAAGGUCACAGUGGCUGAAGUCAGUGAAAUGGACUCGGUGCGUAAGUACCUUGAAGGAACCAACAGCAUUGCAGGAGUGUACAUCCAGUCCACCAAGGAGACGCUGAGCAUCCAUCAAGCCAAAAGCCGAGGUCUACUGACUCCUGGCACAUCUCUGGUUCUGCUGGAAGCCCAAGCUGCCACUGGGUUUGUCAUUGACCCAGUAAACAACAAGAAACUUUCUGUAGACGAAGCUGUAGCUCAAGGAGUGGUUGGCAAAGAGUGGAAGGAAAAACUCCUUUCAGCAGAAAGAGCAGUUACAGGAUACAAAGAUCCCUACACUGGAAACACAAUUUCGUUGUUCCAGGCCUUGAAGAAAGAUCUAAUUGUAAAGGAUCACGGAAUCCGUCUCCUUGAAGCACAAAUUGCAACAGGAGGAAUCAUUGAUCCGGUUCACAGUCACAGAGUGCCGGUACAAGUGGCAUACCAAAGAGGUUAUUUUGAUGAAGAAAUGAACCAGAUUUUAUCUGAUCCAGAUGAUGACACCAAGGGUUUCUUUGACCCCAACACCAAGGAGAACCUUACCUACCUGCAGCUGAUUGAAAGGUGCAUUACCGAUCCUGUCACAGGUCUCAGUCUAUUGGUCAUUGUGAAGAAGGGAGAGUUCUACUUCUUUGUCGAUGAGGCCACAAAGCUUAUUCUGAAGUCUACAACAACAACCAAAGCUGGAGGGAAAUACAAAGGGACCACAGUUUCUCUGUGGGAUUUGCUAUACUCCAAAUUCAUCACCGAACAAAAGAGGAGAGACCUUGUGCAACAGUUCAAAGCUGGAACACUCACCAUCGAACAUUUCAUGGAAAUUAUCUUGACCAUCAUUCAGCAGCAAACCACAACAUCGUCAACAACAACAAAAACUGUCAGCACAACUAUCACAGAGACCACUGAAGACAAAAUGUUCAAGGGAAUCAGAAAAGAUGUUACUGUAUCAGAGCUAGUUAAAUCAAAAAUCAUUGAUGAGAAACUCUGCAAGGAUAUUAGUGCUGGAAAGGUCACAGUGGCUGAAGUCAGUGAAAUGGACUCGGUGCGUAAGUACCUUGAAGGAACCAACAGCAUUGCAGGAGUGUACAUCCAGUCCACCAAGGAGACGCUGAGCAUCCAUCAAGCCAAAAGCCGAGGUCUACUGACUCCUGGCACAUCUCUGGUUCUGCUGGAAGCCCAAGCUGCCACUGGAUUUGUCAUUGACCCAGUAAACAACAAGAAACUUUCUGUAGACGAAGCUGUAGCUCAAGGAGUGGUUGGCAAAGAGUGGAAGGAAAAACUCCUUUCAGCAGAAAGAGCAGUUACAGGAUACAAAGAUCCCUACACUGGAAACACAAUUUCGUUGUUCCAGGCCUUGAAGAAAGAUCUAAUUGUAAAGGAUCACGGAAUCCGUCUCCUUGAAGCACAAAUUGCAACAGGAGGAAUCAUUGAUCCGGUUCACAGUCACAGAGUGCCGGUACAAGUGGCAUACCAAAGAGGUUAUUUUGAUGAAGAAAUGAACCAGAUUUUAUCUGAUCCAGAUGAUGACACCAAGGGUUUCUUUGACCCCAACACCAAGGAGAACCUUACCUACCUGCAGCUGAUUGAAAGGUGCAUUACCGAUCCUGUCACAGGUCUCAGUUUGCUACCACUAGAAAAGUAAGUUCAGUCAAUCAUCAUAAACAGAUCUUGGGAUGUAGCAUCAAUUUCAAUUUAAACUUUUGUCCAUACAAUUAAUGAGGCUUCAUUAGUUUUCUCCAGCCCUGGAAUGCUAACACAGUCUGCAAUGGUUAAAUUCCUACGCUUGUCUCAGUCAUAAUUUACAGACGUGAUUAAGAUGUAGCUUUUACACUGUGGGAAAAAUAUUUGUUUAACACACUCUUUAUUCCCAAUAUAUUUACACUUACAAUGUUUUUUUUGUGCCUGUUGCUACCUUAUAACCUUGUGGAUGUAGUUUCAACAAGGGAACACUUUCCCUUUUUUUCCUUUCAUGAAACCAAAUAAAUGGAUGCAAUCUGUA